GUUUGAAUGCUGCUUCACAGGAAAACAAACCUCCGUUUACAGGACUCUUUACAUUUCUAGAAAGCGAGAGAAAGAAAAAUCUUAGGUCGGAGAAACAAAAGUUCAAAUGGCUUCUUUCGAUUCCUUUGGCAUCGACGGUGAGGAGAUUCACACUUCCAAUCACAGAUCCUUUGAAGAAGAGGAAGACGAGACCUACGCCAACUUCGGUUCCUACUCUAACUUCACUCCCACCGGCUCCGGUGACUUUCCUGGUGGAGAUGUCUCCGUUGAUCACGUCCCCGCCUCUUCUCCUGAUAUUUUUGGAUUUGGAUCUUCCUCUGCUGAUGUGGAUCCGAAUCCUAGCUAUUCACAGAGUCCAUUUAGCCCGAUCCAUGUUGAGAACGGCAACGGCAACGGCUAUAAUGUAGCUGGAGAUGAUGUUUUUGCAUCGGAUGGACCGGUGCUUCCUCCACCUACCGAGAUGGAACCCGAGGAAGGUUAUGCCCUUCGCGAGUGGCGGCGCCAAAAUGCCAUUCAUCUUGAGGAGAAGGAAAAGAGGGAGAAGGAGCUGAGGAAACAGAUCAUUGAAGAAGCUGAGGAGUAUAUAAUUGCUUUCUACGAGAAAAGAAAGCUUAAUGUGGAGACCAACAAAACUACUAACAGAGAAAAGGAGAAGUUAUACUUAGCCAAUCAAGAGAAAUUCCAUAAAGAAGCAGACAAACAGUACUGGAAAGCAAUAGCGGAGCUCAUUCCUCGCGAGGUUCCUAAUAUUGAGAAGAAGAGAGGCAAGAAGGAUCAAGAUAAGAAACCAUCAAUAACUGUCAUCCAGGGCCCAAAGCCUGGAAAACCUACUGAUCUUUCAAGGAUGCGCCAGAUACUUGUAAAGCUGAAACACACACCCCCACCUCACAUGAUGCCGCCUCCACCUGCACCUAAAAAGGACGCCAAAGAUGGAAAGGAUGUAAAAGAAGCGAAAACUGAAAAAGAUGCCAAAGAAGGAGUAAAGGAGCCUGCUUCAUCUGCUAAAGAUGCCACUUCAAUUGGUUCAUCACAGCCUCCCAAAGAAGAGCUUCCUCCUACUGGCGAGCAAGCCGCCACAGAUCCCGAGUCAACACCAACUGCCUAAUUGCGUUACCUCUGUUGCACUAGCUUUUUCAACUUUGUAUUUUCAACUUAGUAUUUUCUAUAAUCUUUUCUGAUUUUGUUCUCUUAUUCCUUGUUUUUGUCCAUCGAUGGCCUAUGAUUGUCUCUUAUAUUUGUAUGGGGAUUUUACAGUGAGUUUUAUUAUUCUUUUUAUGGGCAUAUUGCAUAAACUGGGAUUUUGAUAUUCUUAGA